ACUUGAACACUUGUUUCCUUGCUGAGGACCUGAGGGACUGACUCUUCCUUCAUGUUGGACUCAGCCUGACGGGCCUUUGAGCAGGAAGUGCUAGUAGAACGAACUGAGCUAACCAGCUAAUAGUAGUCAGGCAGGUUAGCUCGGCAUUUAACUCGGUAGUCACAAUGGGACUGUUCGGCAGAUCACCGGAGAAACCACCAAAAGAUCUGAUCAAUGAAUGGUCUCAGAAAAUCAGGAAGGAGAUGAGAGUGAUUGAUAGACAAAUUCGAGAUAUUCAAAGGGAACAAGAAAAGGUUAAAAGAUCCAUCAAAGAUGCUGCCAAAAAGGGCCAGAAGGAUGUUUGUGUGAUCCUCGCAAAGGAGAUGAUUCAGUCCAAACGAGCUGUCACAAAACUUUAUGCUUCCAAAGCCCAUAUGAACUCUGUAUUACUCAGCAUGAAGAAUCAGCUUGCUGUACUGCGUGUAGCCGGGGCCCUGCAAAAGAGCACAGAGGUCAUGAAAGCCAUGCAAACUCUAGUCAAAGUCCCAGAGAUCCAGGCCACCAUGAGGGAGCUAUCAAAGGAGAUGAUGAAGGCUGGCAUCAUUGAGGAAAUGCUGGAAGACACAUUUGAGAGCAUGGAAGAUGGAGAGGAGAUGGAGGAAGCGGCAGAGGAGGAAGUUGACAAGAUCCUCUUCGAGAUCACAGCAGGUGCCCUUGGCAAAGCGCCGAGCAAAGUCGUAGACGCCCUGCCUGAAAUGGAGCCCACUGGAGCGGCUGCAGCUUCGGAGGAUGAAUCAGAGGAGGACAUUGAAGAGAUGCAGUCAAGACUGGCAGCUCUGAGGAGCUAAGGUGAACUGCCACUGUUGUGUUAAAGUCAGUUUGCUCACUCCAUAAAGGACAGAGAAUUGUGGUGCAGGGUUUACAGUGCUGAACUUCCUCUGUGCUUCAUAUUAUAAUUAUUAUUUCACAUAAUCAGUUGGAUUUACUAUGUGCUAUGACAGUUAAUGUCUUUAAAAAGUUUUUUGUUUUGUUUUUGUUUUUUGUUUUUUUAAUAGAACGUUUGUUCUACUCAGCCAGAAGAAAAGGUGUUUUCGCUUUUUGUCUUUUAUUAUCAGGGGAUAACCCUUGGUAAGUCUUUAUUAUCCAAAGUCAAACAGAAGGUUUAAGAAAGUGUAUAUAGUGUAAGUACGAAAAGCCUGCUGUGCCUACAGUGCUUCGUCAUAUUCUUCUCCUGUCCUAAGCUGUGGACUGGUGGUAGAGGUACUUGGGUAUUUAUGAUCCAAACAAGUGAUUGAUUAGCUGUUGAUGGAAGCCACCCCACAUAAAUCACAUCCUAGAUUACUAUUCAGCAGUAGUUCUAAUCUGUUAGAAUACAUUUUGUAAGCAACAGCUGUUCUGUUUACUAGUGCUUAGCCUAUAUUACCUGAAACACUAGAGAUGAGGUGGAUUUCUCUCUUAAUAGUUAAUUUUCUGUACAGUCAAAAUGUUUCUAUACUAUAUUUGUUCUUACAUGUGAAAUACACUCAUCAGAAAAAUGCACGCAUACUAACUUAACGUGAUGUUUGCAUCAACAUUCUGCUCAUUAAAUGUUUGACUAUGUGUCAUGAUUGAGUUCCUUCUCAGCAGGAAGAUGCAGAGGACAUUGAAAAAAUGGUUAGCACAGAACCUAUGUAUCGUGGAAGUAUUGUGUGUAUAAUUUUUCUAUGUGAAUGGGGAAAAUAAGGAAAUAAACUUUUAAGAACAGA